AUGUCCACAAUCGCAUCCCCUCGGCCGUCAAUAAGCAUAUCCUCCCGCCGAACGUCCAUAGAUACACUCGCAUCCACAGCCUCCAAACCAGCUCCGGAAAGAGGCAGCCUGCGACGAAACCGAGCAGCAUUACGAGACUACUACAACCUCGCGAAAGACACGCCAGACUCAGAGACUCUCCCUCCAACUCCCACACUUGAUGCUGAGCACGUGUCCGAGCUAGACAAGCCGGGCUUCAAAGUAGACGACUAUGUCCAACACCUGCUAGCCAACGAAGGCCUGGAAGGCGUAUUAAGAGUAGAAGCCGGCCUCCUAAGCGACAUCAGGAACCUCGAUGGCGAGAAGAAAGCUUUGGUAUACGACAAUUACUCCAAGCUGAUCGCGGCGACGGACACGAUCCGGCAUAUGCGGGAGAAGAUGGAUCCGAUGACGCCUACCACACAUACAUUAGCUCCUGCUAUCGGGCAUAUUGCCGAUACUGCAAAAGCCUUGACUGAAGACCUCCGAAAGGCACAUGGUGGUGAGGCUGCUGCUUUGAAAAGCAAAGAAGCACAGAGGCGAAAGCAGCAGGAGAGUGUAAGGUGGCUCCUAAAUGCACCGGAGAGGCUGGAGAAGAUGGUUCGGAGCGGCGAUGAUGAGGCUGCGAAGAAAGAAUGGGAGAAGGUCAAGACUGUGCUGGAUAUGCUUGAUGGUGCUAAAGGUGUGAGUGUGGUGCGGGAAAAGUGCAUGCAUGCGUUAGGUCCAGAUGCCGGAUGA